GGUGUGGGGGGAGGGGCUGGUGGGGGAAACAGGGCCUGAGAGUGACUGUUACUGUGAGGGGGUCCGAAAGAAGGGGGACUGACAGUGGGUGGUUGAGACCCUCAGAGAGUAAGCAGGAGAGUAGAGAAAGGGAAAGGAGAGAAAAGGUGUGAUUGGGUGAGGAGAAACAAGUUCAGGUGAGAGAGGAGACCCGCAGAGGGAGAAGCGGAAGGUGUGGAUGACAGCCAGUGUGGACCUGGGGCCAGAGCUUGGGCAGGCCCCUGGGUGCUCUGCCCACUGAACCCACAGCGAGGGCAAGGUCCAGCCAGCUCCGGCAGAAGUGGGAGUGUGGGAUUGAGGAGGGGGGUGCUGGUGAUAAGCAGGAGUCCUGUGGUCUGGUCUGGUGAGGGAGCCUGACCAGGUAGGACCCUUUGUCCAGCCACACUUGCUCUGUUCUGGCCAUGAGAGCAGAAAGGGGCUGGGGUGGGCCAGGGGAGAGGCACCUCUGUUGGGAGGCCAUCUCUUCCCCACCCCCUCCCAGUCCCCAAGACCUUGGGGCAGAGCUUAGGAGUCACUCUGGGUGUGGUUGAACACCCUGAAUCAGGAAUUGAAGAGAGCUGUGUUUGAGCUAUAUGACCUCUUCCUCCUGGGAAUCUCACCCUCUUGGGGUGCAAACUGGCGAACAGCAGUGCCUAUAGCCUGGCCCAAAGAAGACCCUCGGCACUUGUGUAGGGCCAGUGCAGGGACGGAGGGGGGGGACCGGGGCCAGCCUGAGACCGAGUCUGACCCUGGCUGUUGGCUGUUGGCCCACAGACACACAGGGAGCAUUUAGGAUCACUCCAAUGUGUUUAUCCCAAGGCUGGCCUCAGCAGGGCAAGAGGGCUCUGCAAAUAUUUAUCCCUCCUGGUUCACAGCUUUCAGAGGUGAUGAGAGCCCACAGCUCGGUGAGGGUGGGACGCUGCUGCCCUCCCACCCACAGACAACAGGGGAGGGACAGGGAGGUGAAGAUGGGGCCACAGCACAGGGGACAAAAUGGACUGAGAAGCUUGGCAGUGCUAACUCCCCACUGCUGUGUGACUAGGGCAGGUUCCUUGACCUCUCUGAGCCUCAGAGGUGGGUGAUGCUGCAUAGAACAGAGUGAUGGUGCUGCUCUGCCUUCCUCACCUCAGGGCCACCUCCUGUACCCUCUUGCUGAAGCCAAGACAUCCACUUGAACCAGUUGCUGUCAAGUCGACUCCAACUGGUGUUUUUUUUUUUUUUUUUUUUUUCCUCAUAAGUAGAUUGACAGGCCUUUCUUCUGAGGCACCUUUGGGUGGACUUGAACCUCUGUCUCAAUUUCCUAAUGCUGUCGUAACACAAAUACCAUAAGUGGAUGGCUUUAAAGAACAGAGAUUUAUUUUCUCACAGUUUAGGAGGCCGGAAGUCCAAAUUCAGGGCAGUGGCUCUAGGGGAAGUCUCUCUGUUGGCUCUGAGGGAAGGUCUUUGUCUCUUUCAGCAUCUGUGUCCCCAGAGUUCUUAGUUCCUUGUCAGUCCUGAUGUGGCAUCUGUCUUCCCCAGUUUGUGCUCACUUCUCUGUGCCUGUGCUACUCUUUUUGUCACUCAGAAGUGAUUAGGGUUAGAAUACACCCUAUGCUGGCAUGGCCGCAUUAACAAAACAGAGAAACCCUAUUUCCAAAUAGGAUCACACCCACAGGUAUAGGGGUCAGGACUCCAACACGUAUUUUUGGGAGACGAUUCAAUCCAUAACAACCUCCAACCUUCCGGUUAGCAGCCAUUGAACUGACAGCAAACUGAGGCCUGAGAAGACACAACUAGCCUAGGGGGUCCUCCCUCAUCUCCCCUGUACCAGGCGCUUCCCAGUUCCUGAAUUGGAAGCUGACCCAGGGGCUGACCCUGAGUCUCUGAAAUCUUCCAGGAGCCUGAGUCAGCCAAGAAAUCCCUCGAGUGCCACAGCUGUGGUUGGGUGCCCUCCAGCAGGAGCCUGACUGACCGAGCUGGGCACCAACCACAGGGCAGGCCAAGAGAGGCUGCCGGCCGGCCAAAGAGGCAAAGGGAAUGCACUGGAAGGAGAAACGCCCCUCAGGAAUGUGGAGUUUGGCUGUCUUUGGAAGCCAGGAGCGGAAGAGCGGGGGAGCUCUGGAAUCUAGGCCCUGCCUGACUCACUGUGUGACCCUGGGGCAGUCCUUGACCUCACCAGGCUCUGUUUCCUCCUCUGGGAAUUGGGGUGAUGUCUGUUCACCAACCCCUAGGGCUGUAGAUGAAGCCCAGCACAGACACCCCACUGCAGCCCCGCAGACCUGGGAGGACUGAGCACCACCAUCUGAGGCAGCUAAGGCAGUCUAGGCUCAGAGCCAGAGAGGAGUCAAACAGGUGGAGCAUGGGCGGCCAGGGAGCAUGUGUCCCAUCCCAGCAAUGGGAAAACUGAGGCACAGUAAAUGAUGGGUUCCAAAAACAACACUACUGGCAAGGCCUUCAUCCUAUGGCACCCCCCCCCCCGCCCCGCUCACUUGUCUCCCAGAUCACUGAGCUGUGACACAGAGGGCUGGCAAGAGGCCUCGAGCUUGCAGCAACCCACCGCACUUGUCACCUUCUCUAGCUUCCACCGUCCCCUGAAGAGGCAUUGCAAAAGCGCCCUUCUAGCUGUGGCUUUGUUUCCCGCCUUGGGGAGACGUGCCUUGGACAACUGGAAGUGAGGUAGUGGUGGGAGCUGGAGAGAAUUUAGUGACAGCAGAUUUGGGGGUGUAUUUUGUAUCAGAAGCUGCCGCAGGCAUUAUGGAAGAAUGCUCUUUAAGCCCUUACCACAGUCCUGUCCUCAUUUGACAGGUAGGGAAGUCAGGGCUGAGCAAGGGCAAUGACUUGCCCAGGGUCACUCUGUUUGGGAUCACUAUGGUGUAGAACCAGGCCUUCCGAGCCUCAGACCCGGCUCUUCCUGCUCCAACCAUGCUGCCAUUCAGGGCCUGGGAGUGGACAUGGCACCUCAUGGGGAAAUGAGAGGAAGGGACAAAGGCAGGUGUGGGCUGUGCAUGUCCAUUCCACGCUUGCCCUCUGUGGCUGGCUGAUCCGGGGAGUAGGAAGGUUCUACCCACGGGUAUACACAGAGCUGGCAGGCUGGCAGGGAGGCAUUGUACACUGAAGGGCAGUGUGGGGAAGGGUAGGGAAGAGGCCGUUGUGCCUUGUCCCACAGACCUGUGAGUGGGGCAUGGUAGUCCACUGCCUCGUGUGAGACCUCAGCAGUUUGCCCGCCUCACUGGGUGGUGGUGAGGUUCAAUGAGCUAGCCUGUAAAGUAUCUGGGCAACCCCAAAAAACCCAAACCCAUUGCCAUCGAGCUGAUUCUGACUCAUAGCGACCCUAUAGGACAGAGUAGAACUGUCCCAUAGGGUUUCCAAGGAGCGCCUGGUGGAUUCAAACUGCCCAAUCUUUUGGUUAGCAGCCAUAGCUCUUAACCACUACACCACCAGGGUUUCCACCUGGGAAAUAGGUGCUUAAUAAUUUCCCAUUCCUUGUCUUCUGCCACCUCAAGGCCAGUCUGCUCCCCUCCAGGGGAAGGGUUACCAACUUCCUGUAAAGCAGAGCUGGGGUAGCAGGCAGGAGGGUGAGUGGUAGGCACAGAUGCCUGCCACCUGCCAGCUGUGACCUGGAAAAGUUGCUUGUGACUGUGGAGUUGGCUAGAGCGUGAGAGUGCAUGCUACCCACAGGGCUGUGAGCAGGGCCUAGCCUAGAUACACAGGAGCUGCAAAGGUGGUCUGUGCUUAUUAACGGUGAACCUGUCAUCGCUGGCAUCCAGGACCCUGGGAGGCUGGGCUCAGCUAGGUAACCACGCAACAGGUAAGCACUGAAAGUGGGUGGCGGUGGGGAGCCUGGUCCCUGGCCUCACAGUCCAGUGUCCUUGGGGCUGGGAUGUGGAGCUGGGAGGGCUAGGGCCAGCUGCUCAGAGCCCUGGGCGCCUGGGUCUGGGAGAGUCGCCAGGGCCGAGGGUGAGGCGGAACCUGAGUGGCCCAGUUCAGCGCCCCAAAUAAGGCCAUGGGGAGGCAGCAGACGCCAGACAGGCACCAAGUCCCAGUUAACAGCAGGCUUCACCCUCUCCUUCAGCACAGCAGUUGCAGGAAGCCAAACGGGCUUUGGAGCAGUGCCUUGAGCAAGGACUUUGCCUCCAGCCUGGAGCUCUGGGGUCCUCACUCCAUCCCCCAUGCCCUCACAGGGUCACAUCACAGAGGUUUCCGGACCCCUCUGAGCGUGACCUCCACCUGGGAAACUCACUGCAGGUGGGAGGAUGCAUCCCCUGGUCAGAGUCUCCAUCUGUAGUCCUGAGGCUCCAGCAUCAGGGUAGCUGUGAAUGGGCUAAUGCCCGGCCAUGAAGGGGUGGGCACGCCACCUUGCAGGCCCUGGCCUGGGCUGGGCAGAACAGCCUCUGCCGGAAAUCAGACCCCGUUCACCAGGUGCCCAGGACUUUCCACUCAUUACCUUGUUUCUUCUCGUCAGCCCUGUGGGAAGUGUUAUGUCCCCAUUUACCAAGGACACCCACCGCCACCAACCUGUGAGAAGGGGACCACAACGCUGGCAUGCAGCUCUUCCCGGUAGCCUGGCACCUGCCUCUGCCACCCAGGAGUAUUCUUGGCCCAAAAGUGGCCCCAGACGGCCCCGCUGUGGUGUGCCUGAUCCACCUGAUGAGCCAAGCACCCGCAACCGCCAAAAGCGGUUUGUGCUGUCGGGCGGGCGCUGGGAGAAGACAGACCUCACAUACAGGCCUUCCUCCUCCCACAGGAUCCUCCGGUUCCCAUGGCAGCUGGUGCAAGAGCAGGUGCGGCAGACGGUGGCCGAGGCCCUGCAGGUGUGGAGCAAGGUGACGCCACUCACCUUCACCGAGGUGCAUGAGGGCCGCGCUGACAUCAUGAUCGACUUCACCAGAUAUUGGCAUGGGGACAACCUGCCGUUUGAUGGGCCUGGGGGCAUCCUGGCCCAUGCCUUCUUCCCUAAGACCCACCGAGAAGGGGACGUCCACUUCGACUAUGACGAGACCUGGACAGUUGGGGACAACCAGGGCACAGACCUCCUGCAGGUGGCAGCCCAUGAAUUUGGCCACGUGCUGGGGCUGCAGCACACAACGGCAGCCAAGGCCCUCAUGUCCCCUUUCUAUACCUUUCGUUACCCACCGAGUCUCAGCCCAGAUGACCGAAGGGGCAUCCAGCACCUAUAUGGCCAGCCCUGGUCAACCCCCGCCUCCAGUGCCCCAGCCCCAGGCCCUCAGGCUGGCGUGGACACCAACGACAUUGCUCCCCUGGAGCCGGAAGCCCCACCAGAUGCCUGUGAGGCCUCCUUCGAUGCAGCCUCCACCAUCCGGGGCGAGCUUUUUUUCUUCAAGGGGGACUUCGUGUGGCGGCUUCGUGGAGGCCAGCUGCAGCCUGGCUACCCCGCACUGGCCUCUCACCACUGGCAGGGGCUGCCCAGCCCCGUGGAUGCCGCCUUUGAGGAUGCCCAGGGCCACAUCUGGUUCUUCCAAGGCACUCAGUACUGGGUGUACAAUGGUGAGAAGCCAGUCCUGGGCCCUGCACCCCUCUCUGAUCUGGGCCUGGUGGGGUCCCCAGUCCACGCCGCUUUGGUCUGGGGCCCCGAGAAGAAUAAGAUCUACUUCUUCCAUGGUGGGGACUAUUGGCGCUUCCACUCCAGCACCAACCGAGUAGACAGCCCUGUGCCCCGCCGGGCCACUGACUGGCGAGGGGUGCCCUCAGAGAUCGACGCAGCUUUCCAGGAUGCUGAUGGUGCGUGGGGGGGGCAUCUGGCAGUGGUGGGUGCCCUCCGCCUGUCCCAGGGGGCCUUCAUCUCAGGUCCCUGUUCCAAUACCUUCCCCUCCUCAGAGACCAAGGCCAAAGAGGUGCCAGGACUUGCCUGGUCCCUCAGUCAUAAUGGUAAAAUAGUUAACACUGCACACUGGGCAGGCAGGGCCCCAGCCAGCAGAACUUCUUAGAUGCAUGGUCUCUCAAAAUUGUCAGCACAACCCUCUGAGGUAAGACCUGUUAUUGGCCCAGUUCCCAGACAAGCAACCAGAGGUUCAGGCAGUGAGGUCCCUAACUGGGGCCACCCAAGUGGAAGCCAGCACCCCCACCUGGCAGUCCCUGCUCCUAACCACUCUACCACCCAGCCUCCUGUGAGGACUAAGGAUGAGAGCCAGGCUGGGCUCUCGGUCCUGUGCUCUGCCCACCCUUUGACUCUGUGUCCCCCCAUGUUGGGGUUUGCUGGUGAGCUGUCCUGCAUGGCCUCUGGCUCCAGCAUUGCCCACCUUGCCUCAGGACCCUGUCUCUAAUCGGGUGGUGGGGGGUGUAGCCAUAGAGAGUGACAUGGAGGUUGGGGAUGUCAAGGGAGCAGGACGUGCUUUCCUGAGAGGUAGGGAUUGGGGCUCUGAGGCUCCAGAAGUCUGUCAGGUAAGCAGCAGCUGGACUCAGACUGAGAGGGCUCCCCGGAGGGAAGGGAACCAAAGUAGAACAGGUAGGGGCUCCCCUCUCUCGGGCCUGCAGGCUUCAAGGAACCAACAGUGGCUGAGGCUGCCCUCCUGGCCCUCCCCUUGGUGCGAGCCCAGGUAUGGACCCAGUGUCCACAUACCUAGUUCUGACUGCCUUCUCUCUGCAGGCUACGCCUACUUCCUGCAGGGCCACCUCUACUGGAAGUUUGACCCUGUGAAGGUGAAGGUCUUGGAAGGCUUUCCCCGCCUUGUGGGCCCUGACUUCUUUGGCUGUGCCAAGGCUGC